AUGAUAUCCAUCACCAUUGGGGGCAAGGUCGUGGAAAAAGCUCUCCUUGAUUUCGGCGCAAGUGUUAAUCUCUUACUGUUCUCGGUGUAUGAGCAACUUGGUUUGGGGGAAAUGAAGCCAACUCGGGUAACUUUGCAAUUGGCGGAUAGGAGUAUCCAAGUUCCAAAGGGGAUGGUGGAAGAUGUGCUUGUUCAAGUCGACCAAUUUGUGUACCCGGUUGACUUCGUGGUUUUAGACACAUGUCCAGUGCUGGCGGCUCAGGCUUUCGUUCCAGUUAUUCUCGGGCGACCAUUUUUAGCAACAUCCGAUGCCAUGAUCCACUGCUGGGAUGGUCGACUUAACAUGAGUUUUGGUAACAUGAAGAUGCAAGUCAACAUGUUCCACAUAGGGAGCCAAAUGGGAGAUGACGAUGAUGUAUGCGGGGUUAGCAUGAUUGAUUCACUUGUUCAAGACCAUGUCGAUGAGUUCAUUUGCAAGGAUGAGUUGGAAUUAGCAAUUACGUCUGAAGAGGCCGAUUUUCUAGAUUCCCCCGAGGUUGCGUAUUUUUGCUCCUUGCUAGAUGAGGAGGAAGCGUGUGGCAUAACCCCGUGGAUUCCAAAAUUUGAGGAAUUACCUCCGAUUGAGAAGCGAGCUGUUCCAUCUUGUGUGGAACACCCGACGCUCGAACUAAAACCACUACCGGAUACACUCAAGUAUGUUUAUCUUGGCGAUAGCCAAACAUACCCGGUGGUGAUCUCUUCCAGCUUAAGCGAACUUCAAGAGUUUGAAUUGCUAGCUUUGUUAAGGAAGCAUUCAAAGGCUAUUGGGUGGUCCAUAGCCAAUAUCAAAGGCAUCAAUGCAUCCCUUUGCUCUCAUAACAUUUACAUGGAGGAUGAUGUCAAGCCAUCAUGCCAACCUCAAUGA